AUGGAUCCCGUCCCUGAGACCACCAUUGGGCCGGCCAACUGUCUCGCAACGCUCCCCGUCGAGCUCAUCCAGGCAGUCCUGCGCGAGAUGCUUCCCUACCACUCCACCACGGCUUACGAAUCCACUUCAAACCAGCCUCAGGUGGCUCUGUCUUAUGUUCUGUCUCGGUCCGACUUGGCCAGCGUUUGCCAAGUCUCGCAAAGAAUGCAUAGCCUCGCCAUUCCCUUCCUCUAUCAUACCAUCCUCCUGAAGAGCCAGCGAGAGCUGCUUUAUUUCUUCCGUACCAUGGUAGAGGUCCCAUUAUACCGAGAACUUGCUCGGGUCUUCAUCUGGACUGCCAUGCUCUCAAAACAUGAUUUCGUUUUCACGGAAAUGAUCGAUUUGUCCACUAUAACGCUGAGAUCCGAGGCCAAAGACGUCGAUGCAUCCAUUUUUUGGCAUCCGAAAGGCCAAACCGAGGCCCUUGUCGGUAUUUUAGGUCCCAUGUUGGCUCUUGGUAGCCCUAAGGAAUGCCCAGUGUCCCGAAUUUUAGCCGCUGCUCUCGCGAUGGACCUUUACCACCCCCAACCAUUGCAAGGGAGACGCCUCCAGAACAUGACGCCAUUUCACACUUCUUUCGGACCUGGAAGUGGUAUAGUCGUUUUAGCAGAGAUUUAA